AAUUAAUGGACCGGGUUAUGAUUGCUUAGCGCUUGCCUUCUAGCUUUAUAUGGAUGUCGUUGUCCGCUAACGGCUGAGAUUAGAGUGUUAUAAUGCAGGUUGUCACUAAAACAACUGCAAUUCUCCGUUUGGCCCGAACCAGGCUGUGGAACCUUUGUCCUCUCCAAGUGAGGCAUCUGUCAGAAUCCAAGGGCUGCAAGAUGAGACUUGUCCAGUUCCUGACUGUUGGUGAUCGAAGUGGAAUGAGAGUGGGAGUGCAGGAGAGGGUCGGAGGAAAUGUAAUUGACCUGAAUUUAUUUGAUAAUUCCCUUCCCAGAAAUAUGAAGGAGUUUUUGGAAAAGGGAGACAUUGCCAUGGAAACAGCAAGAAGAGCCCUGGAUUGUGGAAACCAUGCACGUUGUCUUUCUGAGAUAGAACUUUUGUCACCUAUAACAAACCCAGACAAAGUGGUGUGUGUUGGGAUGAACUACAUGGAUCACUGCCUGGAGCAGAAUGUCCCAAUCCCUAAGGAGCCUGUUAUAUUCAGCAAGUUUGGUAGUUCUAUAGUAGGGCCUUACAGUGACAUCAUCCACCCUAAAGAGAGUAAUGAGUUGGACUGGGAGGUGGAGCUGGCGUUUGUCAUUGGGAAGAAAGGCAAGCACAUUGAGAAAGAAGAAGCAAAGAACUAUGUGGCUGGGUUCAUGGUAGCGCACGAUGUCAGUGCACGAGACUGGCAGAUGAAGCGAAAUGGCAAGCAGUGGCUGCUGGGUAAAACAUUUGACACGUUUUGCCCUCUGGGCCCAGCCAUUGUCACCCGAGAUGCUGUCUCAGAUCCUCACAACCUAGGGAUACGCUGCCGGGUUAAUCAACAGGUCAUGCAGGAUAGCAACACUAGUCAACUAAUCUUUAAAACAGAGGACCUUGUCGCUUGGGUAUCACAGUUUGUGACCCUGUACCCUGGGGAUGUCUUUCUAACUGGAACACCUUCUGGGGUUGGUGUAUUUAGGAAUCCACCCAAGUUCCUCAGACACGGAGACAUUGUGGAAUGUGAAAUAGAUGAAAUUGGAAUUCUAAGGAAUGUCGUCAUUUAGAACUUUGCUGUUUCAUUUUGGAUUCAUUGAAGGGGCCGUGGACAAUUCUGAUUUGAUGGAGAAUGGACGUGAAAGCACAGAGGAACAUCUGGAGAAAUUUCUGAAAUGCCCGUCCGCUGCUGUCAUUACUAUGUGGUCGGGAAUCUUUCGGAGAGUAGGCCUCAAAAUCCCUGGCCUUGCCUGCUUUUGGUGACUGAGAAGGAGGUCGAAUCAUUUGGACAGAGAUGGCGCUCAGUACUCGGUGUUGGAGAGCUGAUCAGAGCUCGAAGUUUUCAGAUGACUCAGAGUCGGGUUGUGGUCGGCAUGGCAGGGAGAGUUUUUCUUCCUUCUCCCGUCUGCGUGAGAUGUAGGACAUUUGAGAAACUUUGAACUUUACUGUGCUCACGGACUUCUUCAUCAAGUUAUGGUAUUGUUACACUGUUCGUAACUAUAUGUUAUAAUUAUGCGGUUUUGUCAGUUUUUUCAGUCUUGAUUUGUCCUGUCUUUUGUGAUAUCACACCGGAGGAAAUAAUGUAUCAUUUCUUAAUACAUGCAUUACUAAA